UGAAUGUCCGGGCCGUGUUCGCCUAAAGGUGGGAAACGAGUCACAGAGGAGCCGCAGGCCAGAGCCUGUGAGCAGGGCCUUCCCUCCUUCUGAAGAAUGGCUACUGCUUGGCAGAGACUGGGUGUUUAUGCCUCUCUUCUUAAAAGGCAGCUAUAUGGUGGACCAGAUCCCAUCAAAUGGGAAAGGAGAGUAAUUCCAGGAUGUACCAGAAGUAUUUACAGUGCCACAGGAAAGUGGACAAAAGAGUACACGUUGCAGACAAGAAUGGAUGUCGAGAAAUGGUGGUAUCAACGAAUAAAAGAACAGGCCUCCAAAAUGUCAGAAGCUGAUAAAUCAAAACCCAAGUUUUACAUGCUUUCUAUGUUCCCUUAUCCUUCUGGCAAGCUGCACAUGGGCCAUGUGCGUGUCUACACCAUCAGUGACACCAUUGCACGGUUCCAGAAGAUGAGAGGGAUGCAGGUCAUCAACCCUAUGGGAUGGGAUGCGUUUGGAUUGCCUGCUGAAAAUGCUGCAAUCGAAAGGAAUCUACAUCCAGGUAGUUGGACGCAAAGUAAUAUUAAACACAUGAGGAAACAGCUUGAUCAACUGGGCCUGUGUUUCAGCUGGGAUAGGGAAAUAACUACGUGUUUGCCAGAUUACUACAAAUGGACUCAGUACCUCUUUAUCAAACUCUAUGAAGCUGGAUUGGCCUAUCAAAAGGAGGCCUUGGUUAACUGGGACCCAGUGGAUCAAACAGUGCUUGCCAAUGAGCAGGUGGAUGAACACGGCUGUUCUUGGCGUUCUGGAGCAAAGGUGGAACAGAAGUACCUCAGGCAGUGGUUUAUUAAGACAACAGCCUACGCAAAGGCCAUGCAGGACGCACUGGCAGACCUUCCAGAAUGGUAUGGAAUAAAAGGCAUGCAGGCCCACUGGAUCGGGGACUGUGUGGGCUGCCAUCUGGACUUCACAUUAAAGGUUGAUGGGCAAGUCACAGGAGAAAAACUGACCGCCUACACGGCCACCCCUGAGGCCAUUUACGGUACUUCCCACGUGGCCAUCUCUCCCAGCCAUGGACUCUUACACGGGCACAGCCCUCUGAAGGAAGCCUUUCAGAAGGCACUUGUCCCUCACAAAGGUAAGUUGGCAAGUUAAGGCUAAGGCAGUAGGAUUACUGCCUUACAUUCGGACAGCACUUCAGAGAUCACGGUCCUUUCGCUGUGGGAAGCCCGUCUGGAAGAGGACUUGGACAGCAAAAUAGGAAUUCCCAGCACCAGCUCAGAGGAUGCCAUCUUAGCCCAAACCCUGGGCCUGUCCUACUCUGAGGUCAUUGAAACUUUGCCAGAUGGCACAGAGAGACUGAGCAGCUCUGCUGAGUUCACAGGUAUGACCCGGCAGGAUGCUUUUCGAGCCCUGACUCAGAAAGCCCAGGGGAAGAGAGUGGGCGGAGAUGUGACAAGUGAGAAACUGAAAGACUGGCUGAUCUCGCGGCAGCGGUACUGGGGCACACCAAUCCCCAUGGUCCACUGCCCAGCCUGUGGCCCUGUGCCUGUGCCUCUGGAGGACCUGCCCGUGACCUUGCCCAACAUCACAGCUUUCACUGGCAAGGGAGGCUCCCCACUGGCCAUGGUUUCGGAGUGGGUGAACUGCUCCUGCCCAAGGUGUAAGGGAGCAGCCAAGAGAGAGACAGACACGAUGGAUACUUUUGUUGAUUCUGCUUGGUACUACUUCCGGUACACCGACCCUCAGAACCCUUACAGCCCUUUUAGCAAAGCGUUGGCAGAUUACUGGAUGCCUGUGGAUUUGUACAUUGGAGGGAAAGAACAUGCUGUCAUGCACUUGUUCUACGCAAGAUUCUUCAGCCAUUUUUGCCAUGAUCAAAAAAUGGUCAAACACAGAGAGCCUUUUCAUAAGCUGCUGGCCCAAGGCCUUAUCAAGGGGCAGACAUUCCGCCUACCAUCUGGACAGUACCUACAGAGAGAGGAAGUAGAUCUCACAGGUUCUGUUCCUGUUCAUGCAAAAACAAAAGAGAAGUUAGAGGUGACAUGGGAGAAGAUGAGUAAGUCCAAGCACAACGGGGUGGACCCUGAGGAGGUUGUAGAGCAGUAUGGGAUCGACACGAUUCGGCUCUACAUCCUUUUUGCUGCCCCUCCUGAGAAGGAUAUCUUGUGGGAUGUGAAGACUGACGCUCUCCCUGGGGUGCUAAGAUGGCAGCAACGUCUGUGGUCCUUGGCAACCCGAUUUAUUGAGGGCAGGGCUUCUGAGAAGGUUCCCCAGCCUCAGCUGCUGAGUAACAAGGAGAAAGCCGAAGCCAGGAAGCUGUGGGAAUACAAGAACUCGGUCAUCUCUCAGGUGACUACACAUUUCACAGAGGAUUUCUCACUGAAUUCUGCAAUUUCUCAGCUCAUGGGACUCAGCAAUGCUCUCUUGCAAGCUUCUCAGAGAGUUGUUCUCCACAGCCCCGAAUUUGAGGAUGCUCUCUGUGCCCUGAUGGUGAUGGCUGCACCGAUGGCCCCUCAUAUAACCUCAGAGCUCUGGGCAGGCCUGGCGCUGGUGCCAAGGAAGCUGUGUGCCCACUACGCCUGGGACGCCGGAGUGCUUCUUCAGACGUGGCCAGCUGUGGACCCACAGUUCCUUCAGCAGCCCGACAUUGUGCAGAUGGCGGUCCUGAUCAACAACAAAGCCUGCGGCAAGAUCCCUGUGCCCCAGCAGGUCGCACAAGACCAGGACAAAGUACACGAACUUGUUCUCCAGAGUGAGCUGGGCAUCAGGCUCUUGCAGGGGCGCAGCAUCAAGAAAGCCUUCCUAUCCCCCAGAACCGCCCUCAUCAACUUCCUGGUGCAAGAGUGA